UGCUUCACGCAAAACGUGUGGUUUUAAAUUCUCAGCCUGAAAUUUUGCAUAUCGGAAAAUAUCUUCUCUCUCUCUUCUACCAAUUCGCCGUUCCUCCGUUUCUCCCCACUCGUCGAUGUUGUUAUCUUCAAUUUCUCUGCCGUUCUUCAAUGUCUUCCUCCAUUACUCUUCCUCUCAAUCCUUCUCUUCAUCUCAGAUCACAGCCGCUCUUCCCCUUCACUCUCCAAAUCUUCCCCUCUCCCAAGAUUUCAUCUCGUUCUUUUGCCAAUUCCGUCGCCUGUCACUCUCUCAAUCCUGCUGGCAACGACCGCGAGGAGGUGCGAUGGCUUCGGGAGGAGCAGCGGUGGCUUCGCGAAGAGGAACGGUGGAUCCGAGAAGAGCAGCGCUGGACCAGAGAACGCGAGUCGCUUCUGCAGGGAAUUGCUGAGCUUAAGCUGCAAAUUCAAGCGCUAGAACGCCGAAACUCCAUACAAGGAGGAGCGGUUUCGGUGUCGGAGACUAUAGCGAAUAUCGCCGGUCUGUUACAGGCGUUGAAGGACAAGAAUCUGAUCGCCGAGAGCGGGCCGACCGCGAGUCACAUAUUGUUGGACGAGAGCAGUCGGGAAGAAGACGUGGAGAUAGAGAAGAAGGAAAUUGUUGAAGAAGUUGCUAGGUUUUCCGAUGGAAUUAAAGCAGAGAAAGAGGUGAAGAGUGAGAGGAAGUCUUUGAGAAAUGGAUCGGAAGGAGCGGAGGUCCUAGCGAUGCAGGAAGCAUUGCUAAGGUUAGGAUUUUACUCUGGUGAGGAAGACAUGGAAUUUUCAAGUUUCUCCAGUGGAACUGAACGUGCCGUUAAAACUUGGCAAGCCGCCUCAGGUUUUCCUGAAGAUGGUAUAAUGACUGCAGAGCUCCUUGAGAUUUUAUUCAAGGGGAAAUUAACUGAGAGUACUGGAUCAGAUGCCAAAACAGAUCAACAAGGGAAUAUCCCAACAGAUCAGAAAGAAGCUGAGAAUGGAGCUAUUGUUAAUUCAAAAACUGAAAUUUCAGAGAUUCAGAAGACAGUAGUAAAAGAAGGCGGCGGCGCAAAUUUAGAGUUGUCCCAACAGCGAGUUUUUCUCAUUGGUGAGAACCGAUGGGAGGAUCCCUCUCGACUUCGUAGUUCAAAUGGAAAAGCUUCUGAUGGGAAGACUAAAGGCGUACUUAACAAGUGUCGUACUUGCCGUGGGGAGGGUCGUCUGUUAUGCACAGAAUGCGAUGGAAGUGGUGAGCCGAAUAUCGAACCACAGUUCCUUGAAUGGGUAGAUGAAGGAACAAAAUGCCCAUAUUGCGAAGGCCUUGGUUAUACAAUAUGCGACGUAUGUGAAGGGAAGACAGUGACAUAGGUAUGCCUACUCAUCCGUUGUAAAUAAUGGCUAUUAAUUGUUCACCUAUUAAUAUCUUAUCCAGAUUUGUUAUACCUCUAAAUAAGGUGAUGGUUAAUAUUUUUUUCAUUCUCCACCAUAGCAUGAUGUUUGGGCAAAAUCGUUGGAAAUUAGAUAAUUUAAUUAACUUUAAAAUCUCUAAUGAAGACUACGUCAAGAUUUGUCUGAAA